AUGGAGGCCAAUCAGUCAUCGGCUUCGCCUAAGCAGCGCGCUGUCGGCGGCAACAACAACAAGAAGGCCAACAAGAAGGCCGACAAGAAGGCCAACGGCUCGUCGUCCCCAGGUGCGGCACCCGUGUUCAAGGGCUCGGCGGCCACCGUCAAGUCCACCUCGAAGGUGGCGCCCGCCUCACCCACCCUGUCGCCCGCCCCGUGCUACGUCACAUCCAUCAAAUCUUCUUCUUCUUCCUCAUCGAAGAAGGGAGUCGCUACACAGAAAUCUUCAUCUGCAGCCGCCUCGUCCACCACCAUCCCAGCCAAGAAGGCCAACAAGAAGGCCAGCGCCAAGGCUGCGGCCACUGUGGCGGCCUCGCACGCCAAGGCCCCCAAGGACCUGACCUUCGACGCGACCACGCUGGGCACGCUCGACCCGGCCUACGUCGCGCGGGUCUUCAAGGAGGGCUUCAUCUCGGCGCGUGGCUGGGAUCACCUGCGUACCGGCUAUCGCUACACGGGCGUCGACCACUCCUUCUGCGGCAACCGCUUCCUCUACCUCUGGUGGAACCUCGUCGUCGAACGCUUCGUGCCGCUCUGGGUCGCGUACGUGUGCCGCCCCAACGU